UUUGCAGAGGAAGAAACUGGAUAUUAUGAAGAUGGAGAUGGAGAUUCAGCUUCCUGGGAUGCCAUUGUUGGAGCCUAAGGAUUUGUCUUCUCUUGUGUUUGCUCACCAAACUCAUCCAGACUUGUUUGAUGUUCUUUUGGCCCAGUUUUCUAACAUUGACGAGGUUGAUUGGAUCCUUUGCAACACAUUUUAUGAGCUGGAAAAAGAGGUGGCUGAUUGGCUGAAAACAAUUUGGCCGAAGUUGAGAGCAGUGGGGCCAACAGUGCCAUCUAUGUUGCCAGACAAAAGGCUGAAGGAAGAUGAAGACUAUGGUUUCAAUCUCUGCAAGAAUGAAGAUUGCUGCUUGAAAUGGCUGGACGAUAAGCCCAAAGGCUCGGUGGUAUACGUCUCGUUUGGAAGUAUGUCUAACAUCAAAGAGAAUCAAAUGCAGGAACUAGCUUGGGGUUUAAAGCACCGUGGUUACUUCUUCCUGUGGGUUGUGAGAGAAUACGAAGAAUCCAAACUCCCAAAAGACUUUGAGAAGAGAUCAGAGAAAGGCCUAGUGGUUUCCUGGUGUCCUCAACUGAAAGUGCUUUCCCAUGAAUCUGUAGGCUGUUUUCUGACUCAUUCUGGUUGGAACUCUACGUUGGAAGCUUUGUGUGCGGGAGUUCCAAUGGUGGCUGUGCCUCAGUGGACUGAUCAAAGCUUAAAUGCAAAGAAUGUUAGGGAUGUUUGGAAGAUGGGAAUGAGAGCUGAGGCUGGUGAAGAUGGGAUUGUGAAACGUGAGACAUUGAAGAAUUGUAUUAAGGAAGUGAUGGAAAGUGAGAUAGGGAAAGAAAUGAAGAGAAAUGCCAUUCCUUGGAAGGUUUCAGCUUCAGAAGCCAUUGAUGAAGGUGGAAGUUCUCAGAAACAGAUUCGAGAGUUUGUGGAGAGUCAUAAAAAAGUUAUGGAAAUGGAUAAAACUGAUGAUGAAUCUUCUCGUGUUACAAAUCGUAUUGUCCUCUCUGCUUGUCCAUAAUCUGAUCUGCUAUAGCUGGCUACAGAGCGGUGUGAGACAACAACAGUAGUACAUUGCAUAUGUCAGUUAACUACGGAUUAAAGUUUAAUUGUCUCUUGUUUUAUGCUUCUUUGUCUA